AUGGCAGUGCGAUGUCAAUUCGAAAACUCGUCGGAGAUCGGUGUGUUUGCGCGCCUUACGAAUGCCUACUGUCUGGUGGCUAUCGGCGGGAGUGCCAAUUUCUACUCGACCUUCCAAGCUGAACUUGGAGAUGUGAUACCUGUUGUUCACUGCUCGAUUGCAGGUACACGUCUUGUUGGCCGUCUUAGUGUUGGGAACCGCCAUGGGUUGCUCGUUCCUUCGACUACUACCGAUCAGGAGUUGCAGCAUUUGAGAAACUCUUUGCCUGAAUCGGUGGCAAUCCAGCGUGUCGAAGAGCGUCUGUCUGCGCUUGGAAAUGUGAUUGUUUGCAAUGACUAUGUAGCAUUGGUCCAUCCCGAUUUGGACCGCGAAACGGAAGAGAUCAUCGCCGACGUUCUCAAAGUUGAGGUUUUCCGUCAGACAGUGGGAGACAACGUGCUCGUCGGUUCCUACUCGGCCAUUUCGAACCAAGGAGCGCUUACCCAUCCUCGCACUUCACUGCAGGAUCAAGACGAACUUUCGUCUCUGCUCCAGCUCCCGCUUGUUGCUGGUACGGUGAACCGCGGGAGUGAUUUGAUUGGUGCUGGCCUGGUGGUUAACGAUUUUGCUGCUUUCUGUGGUACUGAUGCUACCGCCACCGAAAUCAGCGUCAUCGAGAGCGUCUUUAGCUUGACCGCAGCACAGCAGGCAGACGAGACGCUGACUGAGCUUAGAGAUGCUUUGGUCGAUACGUAUGCAUAA